AUGGAUGGAAGGUCUUUGAACCUCGGCCUGCAUGAUCAAAUUCUCCAGCUGAACUGGGUCCACUACAAUAUUGAGGACUUGAGGGCCAACGUAUCGCAGGUGACGUUAUUCAGCGUAUCACUCGAAGAUAAGCUGUUCCAUCGCACAAUCAUCGAGCCCGGCGCCGCCACAUCGCGUGCCGUACAUCCGCCCAAUGCCAGCCUUCAUAAGGACCAGUUCUGCCGGUUCGUGCAUGUGUCCGGCAGCGGCAAUAUUCCUGACCAGGAAAUCUUCAGCUGUCUGCGUCAACGGCCCCUGGAUGAAAUCAUCAAUGCCUUCUUAGCCGUCAUCGAUAGAUACAACCCGUCUUUGCGCCGCGAGUUCCAAUCCGCCAUCUACGGUGAUCUCAUCGCGCAACGCCCCGAUGACGUGUGGAAUUCCUGCCAAUGGAACAAGAUACCUAUCCUAACUGGAUUCAACAUUAAUGAAGGCACUACUAUGUGCCUCAAUAUCUCCAAGUCCGAGGAGUUCACAGCGUUCUUCCGUACCCUUCUUCCCGCUUUCUGGGAUGAAAAUCUCAAGACCAUUGACUCCCUAUACCCACCCGGCACGGGAUCCGUCUUCCUUUGCCUGGAAACGACAAUUCCGUUGGUCCGCAGUAUAAGCGUGUCGAGGCCGCGUACAGGCGGUAUGCAUAUCUGUGCCCCUGUGCAGUUAGCAAAAGACGAGUGGAGUCGCCGAGAAUAUGGCUUUUGGUGGACCAAGACAGGGUUAUCAGACUAA